AUGCUGUUGGUAGCAGAUGAUCUUUACAGCGUCACCGGGUUUAGCGACGGCGAGAUCCUAAGGGGACCUCAAGUCGAGAAUUGGCGAGUGCCUCUAGAGGUAUUCCAGGCGGAUGGCAUCUCCCCACGGGGGGAGUCUCCUCUCCGUCUGGAGCCUCUAAACCACUCGAACCUGAGGGGGUCCGCUCAACUAGAGGGCGUGUCUGAGACUCGGACCUCGGCUCUAGUUAGCCGUUGUCGUAGAGGGCGGUUAUACACGCCCAGGUACGUACCUGUACCUGGUAUAGCGUGUCCUGUGCAGACCGGGUCUUCGCACUCUUAUCCUACGGUGAUAGGCGCAGCAUCCGAAGCGCAGCUGCGGCAGUGGGCGCGCGGGGGCUCCGAGAGCAGGCUGGAGCGGGCAGUGCUUGCGGGGCAGGGCCGGCGGCUGCUGGCGGUGACAGAGGCUCUUCCCCUAGCGCACCACCUGCCGGCGCUCGUGGCCAAGUGCCAGGCGCUCCACGCGGCCGUCGAACGCGGCUCGUUAGCCGAGCUGCAGGAGCUGCUAGACUCUGAUUACAAUCGUCGGAAGUACCUAAUGUGCCGCGAUGAAGCCGGUGUCAACCUUUUGCACAAGGCUAUCUUCUACGACUAUAUGGACAUCGCCACGUGGCUGGUCCACCAAUGCCCAGAAUUGGUGCACGACAAAGACUCCGAAGGUCGCACGCCGCUGCACUACGCGGCGGUGUGCCGCGACGAGGCGUUCGCGGCGGCGCUGCUGGAGGGCGCGGGUGCGGCGCGCGGCGCGCGGGACGCGGCCGGCCGCACGCCCGCACACUACCGCGGCGCCGCGCGCACUCAACUCUCGCUGCCCGCGCCAGACGACAUGCCGCGCGACAACGGCAAGAACCCGCCAGGGUUAGUGAUAAAGCGGCACAACAUCCGAAUAUGGUGCCACGACUGCGACAUGGCACGCCUGCAGCGCGUCGUGUGGGAGGGACACGGCACGCGGCUGCUCAGCGAAGUCUCUAACCAGCCGGUCGUCAAGAAGUUUCUGGAAGCUGUACCCUAUAUUAUGAACACUAUCCGAGAUAUUCACAAUGCCGUAAUUGAGAAUGACCUGGAAGGGUUAAUGAAGCACGCUGGCGACCCCGUGUCACCGCAAGCUCUGUCCAGCAGAGAUGUCAACAACUUGACAGUCACGCACAAGGCAGCUGGACUAGGUCACGGAGGUAUAUUGAAGUACAUUAUCGAGCGAUACCCCCAAGGUAUAAAUGAUGUCGACAAUGAUGGACGUACUCCUUUACAUUACGCAGCUGCAGUUAGAGAUGAUCAACAUACUUAUAAUACGCUUGUAGGAUAUGGUGCUGAUGAAAGCGUCACUGAUAACAAAAAUAAAACACCCGCUUAUUACAAGAAUAGACCACAAGAGAUAGAUAAAAACAUAUUGAAAACCUUGCCUGAAGCACCUAGAACUGCUUCUAGCGCUUACCCGACUUCAUGGGAUUGGAAAUUGUUAGAUACGGAAGUUAUAGCUGAAUUAAGUAAAAAAUCACGAAGGAAAAAUCUGAAGACAUCUAGUGAAAACGUUUCGUCCAAAAUAAACACAAAUACUAUUUCUGAGAGCACAGAUAACAAUUUAGGGAUGAAAACAAGCAGUACUCGAGAGUUUAUAAAAGAUUUACCUGAAUUAGAUGAUAGCCAUAAGCCAGAUAUAUCGAAUCAUAAGGAUACAGAAACAAUCGACGACACAAAUGAUGAUGGACAAAAAAAUGAACUAUCUGAAGAGAUUAUUGAAGAAAGUAAAGAAGAAAGUAAUGAUAUUAUUGAGAAUGGGGCGAAUAAAGAAUCUAAUGAAGAACAAAUAGAAGAACAUACCGAAAAAGCUAUUGAUAAAAACGCAUCUGAUGAUGAAAAUUCUGAGGACAAACCUUUAAUCAAUAGUGAAAAAAGUAAUGAAAACGAUGAAUCACAUAAUGAAGAAGACCAAAUUGAUAAAAAUUGUAUUGAAGGUAUGAAAAUUGAUAAGCAUCAAGAAGAACACGAGGAAAUUGAUGAGCCAGUCUUAAAUAAAAACGACGAAGAAGAAAAUAAUGAUGACUCUCCGGAGAAACAAAACACAGAAAAUGAAAAUAUUAAAGAAGUUGCAUUUGAUAAAAAUGAAACCAAAAAUGAUGAAAACUAUAACUCACAAGAAGACAACAAAUUAAUCAAAGAAAACAGUGAAAAGGAAGAUAAUAAUGUACAAACUGAGAAUACUAAUGAGACUGAAGAAUUUUCUUCAACAAAAGAAGGUAAUUACAAUACUGAACACAAUGAAGAUGAUGACGAUGUUCAAGUACAAGGAGACUCUUAUUCAGAAUACAGUGAUAUAAAUCACCAAAGUACUGCUGAUGUAGUUGAAAUGGAAUGUGCCAAGAGAGGAAACGUGUCCGACGGUGGAAACACGCAUGAGAGUCUUAUUGAAGGCAUUAUUAGUGGCGAAGCCGAACAGGACUCGCAAGAUGCAAGUAUGACGCAAAGAGAUGGAUCAGUGCAUGAAGAUAUACUUGUCGUUGAUAACGAAAUAGACCCAGAGGUAACAGACUUAAUAAAUAAUGCAAACAUGGAAAUGCUAGCAACUUUAGUUUUAAACGGUGAAGGAUCAAGAUUGGUUGGCAGACAUUCAAGUAACUCUGAACUACAAUCAUUUUUAGACAGUGUGCCGUCAUAUAUGCAAAAAAUAAACAAAGUACAUGUGGCGGCAAGAGAGGGAGACAUAAGAGAAUUACAAGCUGCUUUGGAUAGACGAAAAUUCGCAAUAGCCCGAGAUCCUAUUUCACCGAACGGUGCUACUCCUCUACAUGUUGCUACUGUAUUUGGAAAAACAAACAUAAUGAAAUAUCUCGGCGGAAGAUUUCCUGAAACACUUUCGGCCGUGGAUUUUGAAGGAAGAACUGCACUACAUUACGCAGCGGUAUUACCAGAUAACGGCCACUACUACAAUUUAUUACAGCAGCUUGGAGCGAAUUCUAAAGAUUUGGAUGAUAGCGGAAGAUCAGCUGAAGAUUAUAUCAGUAAUCCUAAUCUGCUUUCAUUUAGUCAACUUCUCACUGAUUUUGGAAUAAGCGAAGAAGUAGCUCAAGAUAUGCUCUCAGACAAAGUUCCUGAGGAUCGAGUAUCGUCUCGACGUUCGUUAAAUGCACCAGAAGCUUUGGAUACUCUGGAACGAUGCUAUCGACUAUUAGCGUCGGCUAAAUCAAUACGAACACCUCUUUCGGCUUCAUCUAACAGAGCUACACCUCCACUGGUUUUAGGCAGAUUUCUAAAACGACCAAUAUUUGAUUCAAUAAAAUUUAGAAUUACUAAACUAGAUCAUGAUCUUUUUGAUGUAAUUUGGCCAGCAGUGAAAAAAUUACCAGAUAACAGAAAUAUUGUUCAAACGGUUGAAGAAGAUUUUCCUGGAGGAAUAGCUGCCCCAGACUACUAUGUUUAUGAAGUUUUUCAUGAAUUUUUAGAACCGCUUAUCAAAGAUAUACACAAUAUUAAUAUUCAUACUGAUUUGAACUCACAUCCACCAUCCGAUUUCGAAAAAAUAAUAUUAAAACCUCCGUCUGCGGUAUCAGCACAACCCCUCGUAGAAUUGAAUAUAGAUCUCAAUGAUGAGUUUGUACUUUCGGGGACAAUGGAAUGUUCAAGAAAUAUUGAUGGAUUUGAACUGCCGAUAAAUCUAAAAAUUGGUAAAUUGGAAACUAUUGAAAGAAUAGUGACAACUGUAUGUAUGCAUGAAAACUUUGCAAAAUUAAGUGGAUCGUUGAUUGCUGAAUCGGAUCAAAGAGGUGGAUCAUAUUAUACUCUAAACGAAGUCAUGGAAAAACCAUCAGAAAUAUGUGCCACAUUAGCGUCUAGUGGCUUGUUGAUUGCAUUAUGUGACAGAGAAGAAAUAGAUGACUGUACCCGUCUUCACGGAAACCAUUGGCCAUACGGGCGUGGCGUUUUUGUAAGUGAAGAUAAAACUGUGGCCAUAUGGAUAAAUGUACAUGACCACAUACGAGUGCUUGUAACUAAUCCAAUUGAUAGUCCAGGAGAAAUUGGACAGACAUUCAGCAAAAUGUCCUACAUCAUGGGAUACCUACACGAUAAAAUAGAUUUUGUGUGGGAUCAAAAACUUGGCCACUUAAGUAGCAGACCCACAUUUUUAGGAGCUGGUUUACGUUUUAGCCUCAUUAUUAACUUCCCUGGUCUUUCCAAAGAUCCGGACAACAUGAAACAUUUGUGUGCAAUGAGGGGAUUGCAAUACCGCGAAACUUUGAGUGCAGAUAUAGCUCGAAUAAGUAAUUACCAAUGUUUAAACGUGACAGAGACUAACUGUUUUAAUGAUUUCGCUACCGCGGCAUCGAACUUACUGCAUCUUGAAAAGGAUUUAGCAAUGCAGAACUCAGCACACAUAGCUACGAUGCUCUCUAAUAUAUUUAGAAGGAAGCGAAGCAGUUUAGCUGAUUUAGACAAUUCAGACACUCAAUAAGUUUAAAAUUAUGAUACUUUCACAUUUAGAAUUUAAUUAAAUAAAAAGUAAGUUUUUUAUAGUUUGUCGAAUGUUGGAAAGAUCUAGGUACCUACUAGAAAAACAUAAGUAAUGGCUGAAGGCGAGGAACAAAAGAUGUAAAAAUGCAUAUUUAAAUAUACGAAUACUCCGAGUACCAUUUAGGUCAGUACUAAAGUAAGUUCGCGUGUGAAUUACGUGUGACGUGAUUGCAUUACGUUCACGCUUAUACACUAUUUUCCAAUUGCUAUCGUUGAAGCUUUUAUUGCACUACCAUCACCAGCCAGUCCUGUCUUUCCAACAUUAGAUAGUGUGUGUUG